UUUUUUUAGGCAGAUUAGUCAGAAUUAAUGUUAGAAAUAUUAUUAAUGUCUUGUGUUUGUGAAAUUCGCAGUUGAUAAUUGUCUUUUUUUGCUUGUAGUUUAUUUUCACACAAAAUUCUGAGUAAAUGUUGAGCCCUACGUAGACAGUACGUCUACUGAUUCCUGUCCUAUAAAUGGAGCGACAUGAGUGCCACCUACGAGAACUAUGUUUAUUACAAGAAAGCGCGCCGAAGGUUUUCCCUUAAGACCUAUAUACUUUUGCUUGUCUGGCAGAUUUUAGCCAUUGUGCAGUGGGCCGUCGUUUGCCUCAUAGAUGAAAUACGGGACUUCUUCGUUGAGUACUAUUAUAUCUGCUUUGUGGCAUUUAUUUUGGCAAUUCUCCUGUUUGGUAUCUUCAUAUUCGUUGAGAAGCUGCGUUACAUCCCGGUAUUGAAUUUUAUAGUCUGCUUAAUAAUUGUCGAGCUGCAAAUUAUAGCGCUGUUUGCCUUAGUCGCUCGCACGUACUGGAUGGAUCUAAUAAUAUUCUUUGUUAUAUGUUUUGUGCUUCUUUGGCUGUUCAUUCUGAUUGGUUCGGUACUUCCGAGGAAGCUUGACCUGACCUUAGAUGUGGCCAUAUUAUUCAUUGUCGGCUUUCUGUUCCUAGCUAUUGCCAUAUUUUUUUUGAUGUUUCGAUUCUUGGUACCCCAAGUGCAGAUACAUUCAUACAUAGUCUUCGAAGUCGCAGUGACCAUAAUUAUUCUGUUCUUUGUCAUGUACCAUGCGCAAACCAUCAACGGCGGUCGAUUCGCCGAGAUGCGUCUGAACGACGCCUUACUGGGAUCGCUAAUUCUUUUCCACGACUUCCUUAUUAUUUAUUGGUUAACUUUCUACUGGCAAAUCCUAGAGAGGCCUUUCUCGCCCGACAAUUGGGAAUAUCUUUCCACAGUGACCGAUACGACCUCAACGGCCAGGACUACUCCUAAAGACGAUAAAGAUAAAGGGGAUGCUAACAAAGUACAAGACGAGAUUCAUAUAGACGAGGAGCAAGAUGAUAACGAAGAUGAAGUCGAAGAUAAGGACGGAGACGGCGGCCAAGGGGAUGAUAAAGAAGAAGACGUUGAGAAAGUAAAAAGCCGAGCCCAAGAUCGUGGUCAAGAGCAAGAGGAGGACGCAGAAGAGGACGAAGGGACGAAUGCAAAAAGAAGAAAAAAACCAAGUUUCAACACAGGUGGGGACGAUGAUAGGGGCACUGGUUCCAAGAGAGGCUCUAAAAAAGAGUCCAGGAGAAGGUUGUAUUCGCCUAAAAACCCCAAGCUACACGCACAAGGAAACCAGGAUGCGGGCUCUGCUGCCGACGCGAGCAGCGGCCAUGUUGCUGGUGUAGUUAGUGGAGACAAGGCAGAUGGGGCUGCUGGUGGCGUGGUCAUGAACGAACCUAAAAGCGCCAGAAUUAAUGCUGUGGGAGACAAAUCAGCUGUCGAUGACACCAAAUCCUCCAGUGUGACCACGGUAGAAGGCGCAGAGCCAGGUGCAGCGGCAGAUGAAGAUGGAGCACUGUCCGUUGGAGCCUCUGCCGAAGAGCCCAAAACAAAUGAUGAAGCAGGUGAAGAUGCUGAAAGAUUGAAUGUAGAUUUUGCAAGCGGCGCAGUUGAAGACGGGCAACACGCAGGAGCUGCUUACGAUGCUGGUCGCGCAGGCGCAGACGCUGAUGGGGGUGAAGUGGACGGUGAAGCCGGAGAAGACAAUUCAGUUGGUAAGGAUUCUGUUGAUCCGCUGGGAAGAGACCAGUACUCAGGGAAUAUUAAUGCUGGAGAUGAUCCCGGUGGUGCCGCCGGUGGUGACGUUGGAGGUGACGUUGGAAGUGUCGCUGCUGGUGACGAUGGAGGUGACGUUAGAGAAGUCGGUGGAGCCGCCUAUGGUGCCACCGAUGGUGCCGCCGGGGGUAAUGCAGAUGGUGACGUUGGAGGUGACGCUGGAAGUGUCGUUGGUGGUGAUGUUGGAGGUGACGUUGGAGAAGACGUUGGAAAUGUCGGUGGUGACGUUAGAGGUGUCGUUGGAGGAGACUUUGGAGGUGUCAGUGGUGCCACCGGUGGUGCCACCGAUGCUGCUACCAAUGCUGCCGCCGGAGGUAACACCGGUGGUGACUUUGCAGGUGAUGCUGGAAGAGUCGCUGGUGAUGUUGGAGGUGACGUCGGAGGAGACGUUGGAAAUGUCGUUGGUGGUGAGGUUGGAGGAGACGUUAGAGAUGUCAGUGGUGCCACCGAUGCUGCCGCCGGAGGUAAUACCGGUGGUGACUUUGGAAAUGACGUUGGAGGUGCCGUUGAAAGUGCCGUUAGUGGUGAUGUUCGAGGAGACGUUAGAGACGUCAGUGGUGCCACCGGUGGGGCCACCGAUGCUGCCGCCGGGGGUAACACCGGUGUUGACGUUGGAAGUGACGUUGAAGGUGAUGCUGGUGGUAACGCGGUUGUUGGCGGAGGCCCAGUUGUUGGUGCUGCGGACCCCGUAGAUGGCGCUGGCUCAGGCGCAAGGGAAAUUGAGGGCACAGGUGGUCAUGGUGGUGGAGUUAUUGAAGGUGACUCUGGCGCAAAUGCAGUAGCAGGAGCAGGAGUCAAUCCAGACAUAUAUUUAGGGCCAGAAGAAACCGGCAGUGCAGGCGCAGAUGGAGACACUGGGAGCUACGUAAAUAACGCUGCUGGUGCAGAUACGAACGAGCCUGCCAAUGGUCAUGUAGAUGGCCCUGAUGGAAACCCUCAGUACACUGGUAAAGAGGCAGAUGGAGUGGGCGAUGAAGGUGUCAAUGCUGAUGGCGCAGCUGGAGGCGUAGGUGGCUCUGAAGGAGACUACGACGGAAGAGCCGAGCGAAGAGGAAAGCGUAAGAUCUGGAGAAGGAGGUGAAGCAGUUGGAGGUCAGAUGGAAGCUGCCACAGGCUCGAUUUGAAAGUGCAAAUGUUUUGGAUGGCAAUGUGAAUAUCUCGACUAUAAGAGCUUAAGAUCCUGAUAACGUUAAAUAAUAUCUAAUUCUACUUGAGGGCAACGAAUUUACCCUUCAAGCAUACACUGUACAUACGGAAAGCCAAUAAACAGAUAUUUGUGAUUGUCAGUUUACACAUACAACAUAUCAAUAUUAAUA